AUGGCUCCCCUCAAGAGCUGGCUCGAGAUCGAUCCCAAAAGCCACUUCUCACUCCACAAUAUCCCGUUUGGCAUCAUUUCAUCAUCAGCAUCGUCUCAGCCGCGUGUAGCAGUAGCUAUUGGAAGCUAUGCAUUGGACUUGCACGCCUUUGCUCAAGGCAACGGCUUCUCCAAGCUAUCGACCAUUCAACCGCAUCAAUCCGUGUUCUCACAAUCAACCCUCAAUGCCUUUGCUGCACUGGGCCGUCCCAUCCACAGAGUAGUGCGGGAAUACAUUCAGACCGUUCUACUUGAGAAUGGUCCUUUCCAAGAUGUUUUGCAGAAGAAUGAACAGCUUCAUAAAGCAGCCUUGCUCCCUCUCGAGCAAUGCAAGAUGCAUCUGCCAAUGCAGAUCGGCGAUUACACAGACUUCUAUGCAGGUUUGAACCACGCAUACAACGUCGGAGUCCUUUUCCGCGGCCCACAGAACGCUCUCCAACCCAAUUACAAGCAUCUUCCAGUCGGCUACCAUGGUCGGGCAAGCUCUGUUGUGGUAUCUGGCACUCCAAUCCGCAGACCUACAGGACAGAUUCUAGCAGAUCCAGCAGCCGAUCCAAAAGUCCCGAUCCUCAGCCCAUGCAGGAAGUUGGACAUUGAACUCGAGCUAGGUUGCUUUGUGUGUAAGCCUUCAAGUCUUGGGGAUCAAGUGAAGAUCGAAGACGCACCAGAUCAUCUUUUCGGCGUUGUUCUCAUGAACGAUUGGUCUGCAYGCGAUAUUCAAGCUUGGGAAUACGUGCCACUGGGACCUUUCAACAGCAAAAACUUCGGAACGACCAUUUCAGCCUGGGUCGUCCUCAUGGACGCGCUAGAACCUUUCACCACGUACGGCAUAGAAAACGACACGCAAGUCCUACCAUAUUUGGACGAGGCAGGUCGUAAAUCACACUACGCGAUCGAUCUGUCAUUCUCUUUGACUCCAGAAUCUGGCAAACCGACGACUUUGGCAAAGACAUCGGCCACACAUCUACUCUUCUCAUUCCCUCAAAUGUUGGCCCACCACACAGUUGGGGGAUGUCCCUUCAAUGUUGGUGACCUCUUGGGCUCAGGUACGAUCAGUGGUAAGACCAAGUCAGAAAGGGGCGCUCUCCUUGAACAGACCGAAKGCGGGAAGGAAAGUGUCGAACUGGAGGGCGGAGAGAAGAGAACUUUCUUGGAAGAUGGCGAUACUGUCACACUUACAGGAUCCUGCGGAGGAGAAGAUGGUGCCAUAGUUGGGUUUGGCGAGUGUCAGGGACGUAUUGUUCCGGCAUUAGAUCUGUGA